UGUUAUCAUGUUGCUACCUCAGGUGGUGGUAACAGUGGUGUUAACAGGCCUGGGAACAGUCCUACAGUUGGCAGAAUCCACCAGAUGGCCACGAGGGACAUUCCCGGAGGAGUACGAAGAGCUUCUGGAAUACGAAGCAAGUCACAUUCCACUUCUGGAAAAGAAACAUGUGAGUUAUGACUUCGCCUACAGUGUCCGCGACGAUGACACAGGCGCUGCCUACAGCCACGAGGAGGAACGGGAGGGUCAGGUCACACGGGGCGAGUAUCGGGUCUCCUUACCUGAUGGACGUGUGCAGAUUGUCUCAUACAUAGCUGAUGAGAACGGUUACCGGGCGAAGGUAUCCUAUGAGCCGUCAGACACCGGCCAUGUGGUUCCUGAUCCCCUACAAUAUGCCCCCAGACCUUCACCAUCCCCCGGAUAUGGUAGAAGGAGGCGGCCAAGGCCAUAUCAAGGAGGACGCCCAAAACAUCUUCGCCGACCAAAGGAUCCAUAUCAUUCAUCCAGUCCAGGGCCUCCAUACAUACCACAGCCCACAGAAGCCCCAUAUCACCAUCCUCCCCCUCACCAUCCCCCUCCACCACCACCACCACUGGUUUCCUCUCCCCUUCCACCUACUUUACUCCCAAAGCCAUUGGUUAAUUCAAUACCUGGCUAUGUACCUCCCAAAGCCUCAUACCUCCCUAGCCCUCAUCCACACAUACACAAACCUCCACCCUACUUAUCUUCUCCCGUUCCACACCAUCCCACACUAGGCCCAUAUGACCACACACCCUCUCCUGUUCCACAUCAUUCAACGCCAAUACCACACUCUCCUAAACCACCCUAUGUCCCCAGGCCUACACACAAACCUUAUGUCAGUGAUCCUACAACUAUACCAACUUACAUAACACCUGCCAGUCACAUAAUAACGACGCUUGCUCCUAAGAACACUCUACUUGUGAAACCGACAUCACUGCCCUCUCCUCCACCCGUGCCAUCGCCAGCGCCAACAAUAGUAGCGAAGCCCAUCAAGCUACCUGAGGUAACCAGCUACAAGCCUAAACCCAGGCCUAUCGUGCCAAGUUCCCCGCUUCCGAAAAUACCACAUAAGCCAUAUGUCCCUGGACCAGACAUAAUACUCCCAGAUGUGCAUGUUACCCCUACACCUAUACCCCUUGUAACAUCGCCUUAUCCUACACUGUUACCACAUAGUCCCUCGCCUUAUCCUACGCCAUUGCCACAUAGUCCUUCACCAUAUCCAACGCCACUGCCACAUAGUCCUUCUCCUUAUCCUACGCCAUUGCCACAUAGUCCUUCACCAUAUCCUACACCACUGCCAUAUAGCCCAUCGCCUUAUCCUACGCCAUUGCCACAUAGUCCUUCACCAUAUCCUCCACCAUUUACUCCAUCUCCUCCACCAUAUCCUUUAAAGACACCGCUCCCAUACAUAGGACCUUCAUCUCCCUCUCCCUAUGGAGGUCCAUCCCCAGUACCAUACGAUUUUUACCGGGCGCCCUUUUUUGGGCCUCAAUAUGGACCUAAAUUUCCAGGGCCCUCUUAUCCGCCAAGGAUUCCAGGACUUGCCCCUUACUUACAGUCAGGGCCCUAUCCUCCCCGGCAGUUUUUUCGGACCACGAUCGGGCCUCCCAUAUAAUUAUGGUGGGCAGGUCCUGACUCAACUCCUUAAUAAAUAUAAACUUGCUUCCUCGACAAUCUCUCCUUCAAUAUCUACAUCAACUCUUAAGCCAGUUUCGGACAUGAAGCUGACUUCGGAGAGUGCGUCAGUGUCAAAACUCAGCGCAACAUCAGCAACACUGACUGGUACCCCUGCGCAGACUUCACCUACUACAGGAAAAGCUAAAGUACAGAAUGAGACAAAAGUGACUGAACCACCAAAGAAGAUUAUUAGUUCCUCGACUGUGACGACGCCUUUGGGGACAGUCGCAACUACUACAACAACGACUACUACUACUACUACUACUACUACUGAGGCUCCAGUCGUGGUCUCCAGUACCCCGUACGCAAGCUCCUCGACUUUGCCGACGACUUCAAAGAUCACACAGAUUGAAGUUCCUAGCUUGCAUAGUAAAAUUCCUCUGAGUUCCACCACCACAACUUCACCGACUAAAUUUACAAGCAAAUCUCCAGGAGUGAUAAUCAGUAAUCCCAGCCUUAAUCCCAUAGUAUCGACACAAAAUGUCUUUAUUUCCAACACUAUAACCAGUACUACAACUCAGAAACCUGUGGCGGAAGCUUAUAUAGCCAAACCCAAACCAGACAAGCCUGUUGGAGCCAGAGGCUACUUUUUACCAGUGAAGUGAGCAGUUGCUGUAAAUAUGUUUGUUUUUCUUUCUCACAAGUUAUUUUAAAGUAGUUUCAAUACUCUACACACUCUACAUUUCUCUAAAUUAUUUUUCUUUUGUCAUAUGAUUUAAAAUCUACAGACAAAAAUGAAGUUCUAGUCUAUUCAUCCAAGUUUUAAACUUAUGUGCAGUCUUACCAUGUGGAAGGACUCAGAUAUCAAGAUGAAAGAAGAAAUUCAAGCUAAAUGAAAGAAUUGUUAAUUCUUUUUCAUUUUGUUUUGUUAAAAAAAAAAUCCUUUCUUUGGAAAGUCAGCAUCAGCAGCAUGAGAUACUAAAAUCUUUCCAUUUCGAGGAAUCAUAGGCCUACUGUCCAAAGUGUUCCUUGUGUUUAGCUUAAUUAGGUGGUUCACUUGAUAUUCCAAUUAUUUCCUCUUCUUCAAAAUAUAUUGUGGACUUUCACCAUUUCCUAUUAUAUGUUAAUAAUUAUGUCUUUCUCCCUAAAUUUAUUAUAGAAAUUCAUGCGAUCAGUUCUUGAUCAUAGAACAUUCUUCUUUCAUUAAUAUUUGAUGUACGAGUC